AAAAAUAUUUUUUUUAUCUAUAUCUAUCUACCAGACACAUGAACGCACAUCACACCAGUGACAAGUGAGUGUGUAUCGGAGUCACUCAGAGUCAGAGAGAUUAUUCAAGAGAUCAACAAUGGCGACAUUGCCAUUAUCAUCAACAACACCUUCAACCGGAAGAACAGAGAAUUGUUUCUCUUCGUACUAUUCAUCGUCAAUUUCACGAGUUAUGGAAUUUGGGUUAAAAAACGGCUGUAAUUCCAAGCUGUUGUUUUCUUCUGUCAAUUAUAAACCUAUGAUUAUGAGAGGUUCAAGAAGGUGUAUCGUAAUUAGAAAUGUGUUCAGUGAAUCGAAGCCGAAAUCGGAGGAACCGAUCAUUGAACAAGAAACUCCAAGCAUUUUGAACCCGUUGAGUAACUUGAGUCCAGAUUCUGCUUCAAUUGCCUCAAGUAUUAAAUACCAUGCGGAGUUCACUCCGUUGUUUGCUCCAAAUGACUUUUCUCUUCCCAAGGCUUUCUUCGCCGCUGCACAGAGUGUUAGAGAUUCACUUAUUAUUAACUGGAAUGCUACUUAUGCCCAUUAUGAGAAGAUGAACAUGAAGCAAGCUUAUUAUUUGUCCAUGGAAUUUCUCCAGGGUAGAGCACUGUUGAAUGCGAUUGGGAAUUUGGAACUAACCGAUGCUUAUGGAGAUGCUUUGAAAAAGCUUGGACACAAUCUGGAAGCUGUAGCUUGUCAGGAACGAGAUGCUGCACUUGGAAAUGGGGGUCUCGGGAGGCUCGCUUCGUGCUUUCUUGACUCUCUCGCUACAUUGAAUUAUCCUGCAUGGGGUUAUGGACUAAGAUACAAGUAUGGGUUAUUCAAGCAAAUGAUUACCAAGGAUGGUCAAGAAGAAGUUGCUGAGAAUUGGCUUGAGAUUGCUAAUCCAUGGGAACUUGUGAGAAAUGAUGUUUCCUAUUCAAUAAAAUUUUAUGGAAAGGUGGUUUCUGGAUCGGAUGGCAGAAGUCAUUGGACUGGGGGAGAGGAUAUCAGGGCUGUUGCCUAUGAUGUUCCUAUUCCUGGGUAUCAAACUAAAACCACUAUUAAUCUUCGAUUGUGGUGUACUACUGUAUCAUCUGAAGACUUUGACUUAUCUGCUUUUAAUGCGGGGGAACACGCCAAAGCAAAUGAGGCUCGUGCGAAUGCGGAAAAGAUCUGUAGCGUACUAUACCCCGGGGAUGAAUCUAUGGAAGGAAAGAUCCUCCGUCUGAAGCAACAAUACACCCUAUGUUCGGCUUCUUUGCAAGACAUCAUUUCACAAUUUGAAAGGAGAUCAGGGGAACAUGUAAAUUGGGAAGAAUUUCCAGAGAAGGUGGCUGUGCAGAUGAAUGACACUCAUCCAACAUUGUGUAUACCAGAACUGAUGAGGAUACUAAUAGAUGUAAAAGGACUUGCCUGGAAGGAAGCUUGGAAUAUAACCCAAAGAACUGUUGCGUAUACAAAUCAUACUGUUUUGCCGGAGGCAUUGGAGAAAUGGAGUUUUGAACUUAUGCAAUCCUUGCUUCCUCGACAUGUUGAGAUUAUAGAGAAAAUAGACGAGGAGCUAGUUGAUACCAUCGUUUCUGAGUAUGGUACUGAUGACCCCAAAUUGCUGAUGGGAAAACUGAAUGAGUUGAGAAUACUGGAGAAUUUUCAUCUUCCCAGUUCGGUUGCCAGUAUAAUCAAGGAUAAAAUUACCUGUCAAGUCGACGAGGAUAAAAAAAUUGAAAUUUCUGAUGAAGUAGAUGGACUAGUUGUUGUAGAGGAAAGUGAAGAAGGUGAUAUAGAGAAACAGGCAGUGGAAGAGCCAGUUCCAAAACCAGCAAAGUUGGUUCGGAUGGCUAACCUUUGCAUAGUUGGGGGUCAUGCAGUAAAUGGGGUUGCCGAGAUUCAUAGCCAAAUCGUGAAGGAACAAGUUUUCCGUGACUUCUUCGAGUUGUGGCCAGAGAAAUUUCAGAACAAAACAAAUGGGGUGACUCCAAGAAGAUGGAUCCGGUUUUGCAAUCCAGAACUAAGCAGUAUCUUAACAAAAUGGAUUGGGUCUGACGACUGGGUUCUUAACACCGAAAAACUUGCAGAACUGCGAAAGUUUGCAGAUAAUAAAGAUCUUCACACUGAAUGGAUGGAAGCAAAACGGAACAACAAACAGAAGGUUGUUUCGUUAAUCAAAGAGAGAACAGGUUACACGGUCAGCCCAGAUGCAAUGUUUGAUAUUCAGAUCAAGCGUAUUCAUGAAUACAAGCGGCAACUUAUGAACAUAUUGGGAAUUGUAUACCGCUACAAAAAAAUGAAAGAAAUGAGUGCUGCAGAGAGGAAGGAAAAAUAUGUUCCAAGAGUUUGUAUAUUCGGAGGAAAAGCUUUUGCCACAUAUGUGCAGGCUAAAAGAAUAGUGAAAUUUAUCACUGAUGUAGGAGCUACAAUUAAUCACGAUCCUGAAAUUGGUGAUCUACUGAAGGUUGUGUUCAUCCCCGAUUACAAUGUUAGUGUGGCUGAGUUAUUGAUCCCUGCAAGUGAACUUUCACAGCAUAUAAGCACUGCUGGGAUGGAGGCAAGUGGAACAAGCAAUAUGAAGUUUUCAAUGAAUGGAUGUAUCUUAAUUGGGACCCUAGAUGGUGCCAAUGUUGAGAUUAGAGAAGAAGUCGGAGAAGAUAACUUCUUUCUGUUUGGCGCUCGAGCACAUGAUAUUGCUGGCUUAAGGAAGGAAAGAGCUGAGGGCAAGUAUGUGCCGGACCCAUGUUUUGAAGAAGUAAAGGAGUAUGUUAGAAGUGGUGUCUUUGGUUCAAACAGUUAUGAUGAACUGUUAGGGUCUUUAGAGGGAAAUGAAGGAUUUGGACGUGCUGAUUAUUUCCUUGUGGGCAAAGACUUCCCUAGUUAUGUAGAAUGCCAAGAACAAGUUGACCAAGCAUAUAGAGAUCAACAGAAAUGGACAAGAAUGUCAAUCCUAAAUACAGCUGGUUCAUUCAAGUUUAGCAGCGACCGAACGAUUCAUCAAUAUGCUAAGGAUAUAUGGAAUAUCCAUCCAGUAAAUCUGCCAUGAAAUUGAAAACAACUGGAUGGCUCGCCAGAGUAACCAUCAUGCUAGAACUCUUAAAACGCCUCUCUCUAUAUUUUUUUUAAUGAAUAAUUUUGGUCAUCAAUAAUAUGCCACGUGGAAGUUUGGCAUAGGAUGUGUACAAAAUAAAUUGAUUGCAUUUUCAUGUUUAAUUUAUUUUUAUUUUCUUUU